AUGGUUGGCGGCUUGUGCGCUCGCAGGUUGGCCCGCCGGUCGCGGUCCGCCCUGAUAGCAGCCCUCACGGUGCUGCUGGUGCAGACGCUGAUUGUGUGGAACUUCAGCAGCCUGGACUCCGGCGAAGACCGGGAAAACGGAGGCUCCAAUGUGCGGGAGAAGAGGGACCGGGUCGCAGGCAACAAAGCCGCUGGCAGCGACUAUUUCCAGCACGGGGUCCAGCAGAAGCAGCGGCAGCAUCUUCCUCCGCCGGGGAAGGGGACGUCUCGCCAUAUACAGCAGCCGGAUGGAUAUUACUCCCAUCGGCCAAAGGAGAAAAGUAGAGUGGACAGCAACAAUGAGAACUCUGUGCCCAAAGACUUUGAGAACAUUGACAAUAGUAACUUUGGUGCGCGCUCACAGCCACACCGGCAGUCUGUAGGGGCCACCAGCAGCAAGCAGCAGCGGGGGCAUCUGCAGGAGAAGGCGCACGCGCAGCAGCAGGCCUGGAAGGAGAGCUCACCCAGUCUGGGCCGCAGCUCAAAUGAAGUCCUGCCUGUGGCCCACCAGUCACCAAUGGUCGGCCACAAUGCGUCCUUGCCAGGAGGUCAGAGUGUGGCAGGGGUCUCACGGCAGCACUCCCGUACCUCACAGGUCCAGCAGGCUCAGUCACAGCACCGACAUCAGCACCCACACAGGAGGCAGGCAACCUCUGCGCCACUGGAAGUGACAUACGAUCAGCCACCCAAGUGUGAGAUCAGUGGAAAGGAAGCCAUUUCUGCUCUGUCCAGGGCCAAAAGCAAAGAGUGCCGACAACAGAUCGCUGAGGUGUACUGCAGACACAAGGAGGGGCAGUUAAUGCCCGAGAAGGUCACUCGCUACUGCCCUAUCGAGGGUAAAGCCAAUGCAAACAUCCAAUGGGAUGAGGACUCAGCCGAGAGCUUUCCAUCAAAACCAGUUAGAAUAGCGUUUGUACUGGUGGUCCACGGACGAGCGUCACGCCAGUUUCACCGCCUCUUCAAAGCCAUCUACCACACAUCGCACUACUACUACAUUCACGUGGAUCAGCGCUCCAACUACUUACACAGACAGGUGCAUGCCUUGGCUGCCCAGUAUCCAAACGUGAGGGUGACACCCUGGCGCAUGGCCACCAUCUGGGGUGGUGCCAGUCUGCUGACCAUGUAUCUUCGCAGCAUGGCCGACCUGCUGGCCAUGAGGGACUGGAGCUGGGAUUUCUUCAUCAACCUCAGUGCUGCCGACUACCCCAUCAGGACCAACAACCAGCUGGUGGCCUUCCUGUCUAAAUACAGAGACAUGAACUUCAUCAAGUCCCACGGCAGAGACAACGCCAGGUUCAUACGCAAGCAAGGCCUGGACCGUCUGUUCUUUGAGUGCGACACACACAUGUGGAGGCUGGGUGACCGUAAAAUCCCAGAAGGCAUCUCAGUGGACGGAGGGUCUGACUGGUUCCUCCUCAAUCGUAUGUUCGUGGAAUAUGUCAUCAACUCCAAGGACGAUCUGGUCACCAACAUGAAGCGUUUCUACGCCUACACGCUGCUGCCUGCUGAGUCAUUCUUCCACACAGUGCUGGAGAACAGCGCCUACUGUGAGAGCAUGGUGGAUAACAACCUGCGCAUUACCAACUGGAACCGUAAACUGGGCUGUAAGUGCCAGUACAAGCACAUUGUGGAUUGGUGCGGAUGCUCCCCCAAUGACUUCAAACCUGCAGACUUCCACCGCUUCCAGCAAACAGUGCGGCCCACCUUCUUCGCCAGGAAGUUUGAAGCCAGUGUGAACCAGGAGAUAGUCAACCAGCUGGAUGGCUAUCUGUUUGGACCGUUUCCCCAGGGAAUGCAGAGCCUGAACUCGUACUGGGAGAACGUGUACGACGAGCCAGAUGGCGUGGCCACUUUGUCAGACACGCAACUCACCUACUUCCACUCUUUCUCACGGCUGGGCCUGGCCCGAGCUGCCGCCUCGCUGCAGGGAAACCCAAAGGAUCACAGCUGCAGGUACUUCCCCAUGGGCCACCCGGUGUCUGUGCAUCUCUACUUCCAGUCGGACCAGUUUCAAGGCUACCUGGUCAAGCAUCACGCCACCAACCUGGCCACGAGCAAGCUGGAGACCAUGGAGACCUGGGUGGCACCCAAGAAGAACUUCAAGCUGACGAUGCCGCCCAGCAGCACAUUCAGCCGGUUGCAGCUCGCAGAGAUUGGCUCAGAGUGGGACGCCAAAGAGCGCAUGUUUCGAAACUUCGGUGGCCUGAUGGGCCCCAUGGAUGAGACCGUGGGCAUGCAGAAGUGGAACAAGGGUCCUAACGUCACUGUUACAGUUGUAUGGAUCGACCCAACCAAUGUAAUCGCAGCGACCUACGACAUCCUGAUUGAUGCCAGCGCCGAGUACACACACUACCGCCCUCCGCUAAACCAGCCUCUGCGGCCUGGAGUGUGGAGCGUGCGCAUCCUGCAUCACUGGAGUCCUGUGGCUGAGAUGCACUUCCUCAUCGCCCCAUCCUAUAGCAAGCACCAACCCAUACGUCAAGAGGAUACUCUGAAGCUCCACAAUGGGCCUGCAAAGAACAGCUACAUGGAGCAGAGUUUCCACGGUCUCAACCCAGUGCUCAACAUCCCCGUCAGCCUGGGCUACGUGGAGCAAGCCAAGAGGAACGCGGCCCUGACCGGCCCGGAGCUGGAGCGUUGGUUAGACAGCCUAGUGGGCGAGCUGUGGGAGGCAGCUGACGUCUGCGCUGUGGGCCCGACCGCCUGCCCUGUCAUGCAGGCGUGCCCCAAAAACCCUUGGAGCUCCUUGAGCCCAGACCCCAAAUCCCAUCUGGGAGCACCACGCGCCGAUGGGCGCAUCAGGUAGCAGCGAGGCCUCCAGCUGGACAGGAGGCCUUAACACUGUUGAUUUUUAUUUAUUUAAGGGGGUUGCUUCCGGGGGAGAAGGAACAGUGUUCUUUCCUUGAAUGAGAUGGAAAAAAAAGAAGAAGAAAAGAGAGGUUUUGGUUCUGUUUUUUGGAGAGGUUGGUAAGGGUAUCUGGACAGAAAGAAAGCAAAAUGAUUUUCAGAUCCUCCCACGGAGUUCCUCCUUUCAGGGGAUUAUACUGGCUUUGCUAUUUCAGUUUCUCAGUGUAUUUAUUUUUCUUCUCAUGGCUGAGUUUUACUGUGAUCAAACGUUGCAAUUUUGGAGCAUUUAUUUUGCUGCAGAAUGAAUUAUGAAGUCAGCUUUUAAAGCCGUGCACGGGGCACAGCGGUCAUGUGAGGAAGGAUUGUCGACGCUGGCAGCAGACAAAGCUCUGCUGGGAAAAGGCCUUAGCUGUAAAACAUGAAAAAAGGAAGCCUGAUACUGAAUUUAAUGUGCCUCAUUUAGUGUAUGUCAACAUAAACAAAACUAGAUCAUAUCAGAGUGUUCAGUUAUGCCCAAAAAAACAAAAAAAUGAUUAGUUUGUUACAAAUGAACCACUUGGAGCAAAUUUCCCGUUUCUAGGACACAAUCUUUGAAGGACAAAUACUUGUGCAUUCUUAAAGCCAAUUAAUUCAAAUGAGUUUUUGAUAGUCCAGUGACUCAGCAUGUAAAGCAUUAAGAAUAAAUCAGAAACCGAAGCACAACUUCUUCAGUUGAGUGCCUGAUCAGGAUGUGGAACUGCUGUGGCUGGACUAACCAUCUGCUGCAGUCACAUUGGGUAAAUAAAGAUAAAGAGAAAUGCAAAUCCAGAGGCCUUCACAGAACAAUUAGAACCAUUUGGAUUAUUAUAGAAAUGUAAUACAGUCAUUGUACUGCUCGGAAUCCAUGAAUGCUUAAUUUGUGGUUGUUGUACAGAAGUAUUUUGAGACUUAACAUUCACAUAGUAUAGCUUUUUGUUCUUUUCUAAUGAAGUGAAGAUGUUGUGACAGGCAGAGGACAAAGAGAGAAGUGCUGUGUCUGACUUGGUUUUGUUACCGACCUGCCUCAAACUUGAAACACAAUUAUCUCAAGCUGACCUUAAAAACUCUCAUCUUCUUUUCAGUGUCAUCUUUUUUUACUUUCUUCCAGUGAUUUCAGAGACACUUUGUGUACCUGAUUAUACAUGAAGUCUCAAAAAUUGUAUGAAUGGGUAUGGGGGAGUCCAUGAGUCGCUAUUUAUUUAUAAGUUUAUAUUAAUGCUGAUAUUUUUAGUCAGUGACUAAAUAAUUGCGACGCUGCCUUGGCAGCAUGAUGAAUAUUUUUUUGUAAAGAAAGCCGCCUUUAUUUACAAAGGCAAACACCCCAAACUUAGACUGUACCUUUACAUGGCCACAUCUGUGUUUUAGUCAGUGUUGUCCCGUCUGAAUAGAUCCUCUUGUCUGGGUUUCUUACACGGCUGUUUGCAGAGUGCAUCCCAAGAGAAAGUCACCUCGACCUGUGAGGUCAGAGGUCAGCUACCUGACAACCUCACCAAACAGAGAAGGUGUACAAAAACAGUCUUCACAACCAAACACAUGAGACAACGUCUGGACAUGGAAGGACGGACUGUGCUGUUCAGUGUUUCACAGUUCCUGUGUGUUUCAGAAAGAUAGUGAGUGGUUGUGAUCUUCAGUCUGUGACAAUAACGAACAGUGUCAAGUCAAUAUUAUUUUGCAUCUUGAUUGCAAAUUGAAUUUAUAGAUUGGGUCUGUGGCACCUUUCCAGCUCUAUCUACAUUUCAAGAAACUUUUGAGCCAUCAAGACAAUCUGUGGACGUUUGAGACGAGUUUAUUACACGGAGGGCAGCACUGAACCACAGCACAUCCUGAACAAGAAGUGUGACCGGGUAUUUGUUUACUUUGAAAUAAGUUUCAUCGCAAGCCAAUUAGGACUUCAAUCUGUGAUUGUCAACAUUGUUUAGCCACCACAUGGGCUAAGUGAGUGUUUUUGCACAGGCUAAUUAAGAGACAUUUCUGUUCAUUAAUGUCAAGUUCACCUUGCCUCUCUGUUGGAUGUGUCCAUUAUAAUCACUGCUCCCCUCUCAAGCUCUCACUGUUUCUGGGGUUGGGUUGGAAAGGACUACUUUGUUUUUUCACUGGCUGGCUUCUGCUGCCAUCUUUAACUUCUAGUGCCACCAUGCUGAGAAAAAUUACUGCUCAAAGACAGUUUUGGAAAAAGGUAAAUAAAAUAAAUGUAACUCAUUGUGGAAGUCCUAUUUUGUAACAAAAUGAUUAACAAAUGAAGAAAAUGUACAUAGGUAUUUUAUAUUGAAAUGUUUAAAAGGUAUUGUACAUGUAAAUACAGAUGUGGUAAAAAUGACAUUGAACUAUAAAGAGUUUUUGAAGUAUCAAUAAGUGGACACAGAGUGACUUGGUGGUGUUUAUUGGUCAAAGUACAUAACCUGUUUUGGUGUUUUUGGACAGCUGUGACAACAACUUUGUCCUGUUUGCCUCUCAGAGAAAAUCACAUGCCAGAUUGUUGUUGUUCUUGCUGGAAUGUAUUGUUGAGCAACUGUUGCACAAAAUUUCUCUGAACUGAUGUUUCCCCCGUUAUUUUUCUUUUCAGGGGAGGCUCUGUGUGCCUUAGCUGACUUUUAGAACCUUCUCUUUCCAUUAAAAGAAAAACCUUAUUUUGUUAUUUUGUUUGAUCUUGAAGAAUACCAGGAGUUUGUUGAGUGAUUUACUGGUACUGCAACACCAAAAAGAUGUCUGCUGUUGUAAAUAUCAUCAGGCCUUCUGUCUAUAUCAGCUGUUUUUUCUUCCCCUUGGGGAUUUGUUUUGUUGUACUUACUGGCUUGUUUUACUUUUCUCUGACUGCUUUUUGGAAAUAAAACUCUAUGGAAAACAGCUCAUGGGCUACACCAGUAAUACACUGGUGAGCUUGUUGUUGUUGAUUACUAAACAUG